AUGAUCAUGAAUUCUGCUAAUAACAAGGAAGUGGAUAUCUUACGGAUGCUUACCAAGGCCAAAGAUGAGUAUACCAAGUGUAAGACCUGCUCAGAGCCAAAACAAAUAACCAGUUCCUCUGCAAUCUAUAGCAACCCCAACCUAAUCAAACCCAUUCCAGUGAAGCCCAGCGAGAAUCAGCAUCAGCGAAUCUCCCAGCAGAGCAAGGGUGUGGAUCCUGAACCGCAGCACUUGUCUUUGACAGCGCUGUUUGGCAAACAGGACAAGGCAGAUGUCUGCGAAGCACUCAGUAAGCAGCACCAGGAGAGCCUCCCUGUCCGGCAGGGUGUGGUUCGCUCGCUGUCCUACGAGGAGCCCAGCAGGCACUCCCCGUGUGCGGAGAAGCAGCUGUGCCCCGCCAUCCAGAAGCUCAUGGUGCGUGGCACAGAGCUCCAUCCCCUGGCUGAGUUCCCCGAGAGCCGUCUCUGUGAAAAUGGCAGCGUCCCUCCCGUGGGGGACACUUUGACAGGGCUCUUCCAGCCUGUGACUCCCCACGGCAUGGCAACGGCUCACGGAGCUCAGGACGCUGCUGGCACUCAGAGCUUGCUGCAGAAGUUGCAAAGUCAGUCAGGGUCGGUGACUAAAGUGGAGCCCAGUGGCACAGGACCUGUGAACUCAACAGUUUCCGUGUUCAGCAGGACUCCUGCUCCUGUUGGAGCACCAGCAGCACCAGUAAAUAACAUGAGCCAGCCCCCUCUGGUGUAUUUCAAUGGGUCCCUACCAGGCCAGACUUUAGAGGCUCAGACACUUGGUAAAGAACAAUCCAAACUUCCAAGACAGCCACUUCCUCUCUCUGGCAGUCAAACAGCCAAUUCUGGGGUGAUUUCACCUCAAGAAUUAUUGAAAAAACUCCAGAUAGUGCAACAAGAACAGCAGCUCCACGUAUCCAGCAGACCAACGUUGGCAGCUAAGUUCCCAGUUGUUACCCAGAACACCAACACCCUGAAACCACUGGAUUCCUGGGUGGAAAAGGCUCCAGGCACAGAAAAACAGAGUGCUCUCUUCCAGGUCAUGUCCCCCCAGCGCAUUCCUGCCACUGUGACCCCCACGCUGCUGAUGUCGCCCAUGGUGUUCAGCCAGCCCACGCCCGCUGUCCCCAAAGGCGCUGAGAGCGGGCGCUCGGCAGCAGCGAACCCCGAGCCCGCGGCCAGCUCGGCCAGCCUGCUCCUGUCCCUGCCGGCCCCCGAGGCUGCCGUGGCCAGCAGCCCCUCCAUCACCAAACUGCAGCUGCAGGAAACGCUUCUGCACCUCAUCCAGAAUGAUGACAACUUCCUAAACAUUAUUUAUGAAGCAUAUCUCUUCAGUGUGAGGAAGGCAGCAAUGAAAAAGUCUAUGUGA